AUGGCGUUCGACAAGCCAAGAAACGAGCUCUACCAGUGGUCGGUAGUCAGCGCGCUCGUGGACGGCGUAGCGUCCAACGGCCUCCCGAUGUCCGACCUCCUGUUGCACGGUGACCACGGCCUCGGCACGUUCCGCGGCAUGCAGGGCGAGCUUAUCGUGCUAGACGGCCAAGGCUACCAGAUGCGGCACGACGGCACCACGCGUCCCAUCGACCUCUCACCCUCUGGCGACAUCACGCCCUUCUCCAUGAUCACCUUCUUCUCCCCAACCAUCAGCACUAUGGCUUCCAUAACCGAAAAGAAUGGUGUCGAGCCAAUCUUGGCCGCCCUUACUCCCAACGCCCGAAACGCUCACAUCGCAUUCCGCCUCGACGGCGCAUUCAAGAGCAUCACAUGCCGUACUGCCGAGGGACAAUGUUUCGAGGGCGAGGGCCUCAAAGACGUCGUUGGACGCCAAGUAUCCAUCACUCUCGGUCCAGCCCGCGGGACAGUCAUUGGCUUUCGAUCGCCAGAGUUCUUGCAGGGCAUCGCUGUCGCUGGUGUCCACAUGCACUUUAUCAAUGAAGAGCGGACGGCUGGCGGACACGUGCUCGCACUCGAGACGGAUGGCGAGGUGAAUGUCCAAGUCUCAGAACUCUGGCGGACAAUCAUGGACUUUCCUAGAGAUAAGCAGUUUAACGAGGCCGAGAUGAAACUCGACGCAGAGGGGAUUAGGAAGGCCGAGGGGUAG